UAAGUCUAGAAGUUGUUCAUACAAAUUUUACAGUGUUUGACAAUACGAUUAUAUCUGAAUUAUUAUCUCUGUCAUAUAAGAAAAAGUAUAGGAUGAAUAAUAUGACAGUGUUUUUUUUUUCUUUUAACUCCAGAAUGCACACAUGUAUUCAAGAAAUGCAUUACCAAUCGUAAAAGUUUGUUUUCUUAUGUUAUGUACAUGAUUUGCUAAGUUGCGUAUGCCGUGUUUUACACUGGUAAUCUGGAACGCUGAUUUAUUUGAAAAUAUUUGAAACAAAUGAGAAAUGUCUUUCAUUCGGACACUUUGGAAGUGUAACUUUGGCCCUCGACUUUUCAAGAUUUACGAAAUAACAUGGAUCGGUCGACUAGUAGAGUUUGCAGCAAUUUGGUCCAUAAGUCUAUAUACAAUUCCAUUAGUGGCUAUCUUUUUCUACGAACAUAACAGUUCCAUAACCGAAAAUAUUUUUUCUUUGAGCAAAUUAGCAGCCAGUGCUAGUGCGAUUUUCAUUGCAUCGUUAGCUGCUCGAAGUUGUUCUAGAGCCACUAAUCCAAUAUAUUUAAAAUUCUUAAAAAUUCUUAAUGAAGCGAAUGCACAUUAUUCAGCAGAAACAAAACAAGAACUUGACAAGUACGAGUUUGAAUUCUGGGCAAGACCUGUAGAUUUUAAUAUCAAAGAUAUAGAAAAGGAUUCAGCUAUAGAGAAAUUAACUUUAGAGAAAAUUGCAGCCUCCAGUGGUCGCAUAAAAAGGCAAACUGGUAAAGAAUUUAUAUGUACAUUGCCUUGUAAGUUUUUAUCAUAUAUUGUAGCUCACACUUUUGCUAUUAAAAUGAUGUAUCCUGGAAGUGUAACAGUUCUUAACUGGGCAUUUCGAUCGACGCUUCUAAAAGGAAGAAUACAUUUAAUAAAACAUGGUGGCGAAAGGUACAAAUUAUUAGCUGCAGAUAAUAAUGAAAUUGAUGCUAUAUUCAUUGACCGACGUAACAAGAAAACAAAUGGUGAUGUGCUAGUUAUCACUUGCGAAGGAAAUUGUGGAUUUUAUGAAACUGGUAUAAUAUCAACGCCAAUGAGCAAAGGAUAUUCAAUUUUGGGUUGGAAUCACCCAGGUUUUGGUAGUAGUACUGGUGCGCCGUAUCCUCUUCAAGAAGAGAAUGCUAUCGAUUGUGUAAUGCGCUUCGCAAUCGAUCACUUAAAAUUUCCCGAGGAACAAAUAAUUCUUUAUGGUUGGAGUAUUGGUGGAUACACUGCAACAUGGGCUGCUAUGAACUAUCCUUCUAUUCAAAGUUUGGUAUUAGAUGCUACAUUUGAUGAUGUACUUCCAUUAGCUAUUAUGAUGUUCUCAUCAUUAGAAGGUUUGGUACGAAAUAUUAUUAGGGACUAUUUCAAUUUGAAUAUUGCUGAACAAUUGAAUAGAUACAAUGGUACAGUGUUGCUUAUACGAAGAACAGAGGAUGAAGUAGUAUGUACUCCUAGUGGUAAUAGUUUAUCAGGAAACCGAGGUAACAUGUUGCUUGCAAAACUUUUAAUGCGACGUUAUCCACACCUUUUUACGGAGAACUCAGAAUGUGCUGUACUUUUAGUGAAAUUUUUAUCUGCAGAUAUAUCUAAUAGAAAAUUAAUAAUCGAAACAGUAGAGGUUGAUGAAAAACAAUGUUUGGAACUUACUGCAGCAGAUAUAGAGAAGAAUGGUAGUACAGUACAAUAUCCUAGCACGCUUGGAGAAGACUGUGAUUCUAAGACGAAACAACAACUUAUCCUAUUUCUUGCAACAUUAUAUAUGAAGGACCAGUCGUCGUCGCAUUGUACACCGUUAGCAGUGGAUUUGUUUCAACCUGGUUGGGAUCCAACAUCCACAUUGUCCAUAGCAGAAUGAAAAUUUCUAUUAUAAUUGACUAAUUACUAGGAGCUUUAUUCAAAAUUCUUAUUCUUAUGAUAAUAGGAACUCUUGAGAGUUGGUCAUAUUCGAUGCAUUUGAUGUUAAGUUUUAUCAAUAAGUUAUUUAUUCUAUACGAAUUUCAGUCUAUUUUUCAUAUUCCAAAUUGAUAAGAAUGUUAUAUUCUUAUCUUUAAAUAAAAUUUUUAUAUUCAUUACUAAAGCUCUAGUCUUAUACAAUCUUGAUAAAUAUCAUCUUCAAUGACAAAAAAGAAAAUCACAAUAUGCACAAUAAUGUAAUUAUUUAUACAUAAAAAAAAACUUAUAAAAAUUUAAUGCAACAUUUUUAUUUUUCACAAAUUUCAUAAUUUGUAUUUUUACAAGUUGCAAAGCAUUUAAAAAUAAAUGGAUAUAUCUCAUAUAUCGAUGUUCUAUAAACCAAUUAUAUAAAAAAUUGACAAUUAUUAUGUAUUUUGGAUACGACAUAAAACAGUUUUAAGAGAGUCUUUCGAAUGUUGAAACGAAUCCACAACUUUCAUUUUAUUCAUUCUUAUUGGCUUUUGUAAAAAGAAAAUUAAUGUAGUUCGUAUUUCUUGUAGAAAGUAAUCUUUUUGACUAACUAUUUCUAACGCUUUAAAACAUCCUUCCAAAUUCCAAUCAAUUUUUCCACUAUUUUUAUCUUCAGCUUUUAUUAAACCUAAAUUGACUAACAAUGCAUUAUUCCAAGUAGGAACCUGAUUACUUUGCAUUGCAAAGAAGCAUAGCUUGGAAUACAAAGCAUCGGUGAGAUUUUGAGAUUUUAAUCUCACAUCAAUAUAACCACUUGUACUGAGUGCUGAUACUUUCAUAAUUAUUCUCGUAAACUCUUCAAUGAAUUUCAAUUUUGAAGAUGUAUUCUUACUAUGUUUUGAUACUUCUUUGGCAUAAUUUACAAAAUCUUGUAUUACGUCACCUUGUAAUAAUAAUAAUUUUUCUCCAAUUGGUGAUUUUAGAAAUUCUGCAACUGUUACUUUUGAUAAUGCAGUGUCAUUUAUAAAUGCAUGUUUAUUAUUAUCUCUAUUUUUUUUAUUUUCAUCCUCACUUUCAUCGUCUUUUUCAUCACUUUCUUCAUUUUCCUCUUCAUUUUCUUCUUCAUUUUCCUUUAUAUUUUCUUCAUCAUCAUUAGAGUCUUCAUCAUCAUCAUCUUCGUCGUCACUAUUAUCGCUCAAUAUACUUAAUGAUCCAAUUCUUUCAGAAACUGUAAGCGAAUCGCGCAAAAUGGUACGACCAGUUUGACCAAACAAAUUUCCAUCCAAUUGUAAGGUUAUAAGAUGUUCUUUGUCCGCCACAGCAAGAGCUAAAGGAUUAGCACCCUUGGUUCCAAUUUCAUUAUAACUUAAAUUAAGUUCAGUAAGUAACGGAUAACCUCCUUGAACUCCUAGUGCUUCUGCCAAAACUAUACCACCUUGGGUUUUGAGUAAACAAUCGCCAAGAUUAAGCUGUUCUAAAUUUUUGAAAUUUGGCAAUGCCUUGGCAAUUGCUUGAGCUCCUUUCAGCCCAACAGUAUUAUCAUUGAGAUUUAGAACUCGCAAUCUAGGAUUAGAAGACAAUCCAUUAGCUAUUGCCGUUAUACCCUCAUGAUAUAUACCAUUUUGAGGCAUAACCACUUCCUCUAAACUGGUUAAUUUUUGGAAAACAGAUGCUAGUGCCUUUGCACCUUCAUUUUCCAGUUUAUACUUUAAUCAACAGCAUGAACAAUAACAAAUCUUACCUCCUUGUGUACUAUUAUCAUAACAAUCUAAUAAUGCUUUUGCCAACAUUUUACCACCAGAUAUUCCAAGUCCAUUGUUAUUUAGUCUCAAUACACGAAGAGUAUAACAAGAACUAGAAGUCAAAAAAUUGGCUAGUCCUUUAAUACCAAUUGGACCAAAAGCAUUAUCACUUAAAUCAAGCUCAAAAAGACGUGUACCAGCAAUACAUAAUGCAGAGCCAAGAUAUUCAAGAGCUUUUGGUAUCUCAGUCUUUACGCGACCAGUGAACAUAUCUUUCCAAAGGGCUCGUUUCAUUAAUGAACCAUUUUCUUGCAGUGCUUGUGCCACAGCUUUGGCAGCAAGCGGUCCUAAAGUGUUGCCUUCCAAGUCUAAAUAUUCCAAAUUUGUACACGCUCUUAUUGCUUUGACUAUCUCCAAUGCGUCUUCCUCGGUGUCAAGUUUGAGCGAUUGCUUUGCGAAAGAUACACCACUGCUGGCAUUACUUUCAGCAACGUCUUCUAAUUGUGCUCCAAGAUCAUUCAGAUCGAACGACGACAUUGUUCGUUAUUCGAAUCUAAUCACACUCCACGUGAUUAUAAUUGUUUAAAUGUUUUUUUUCCGUUUUUUAAAUAAAUCAGUUUUCAACACUUAAUUUCGACGUCUAUUCAUAGAUACAAACGAACGCGUCACCCUGCAUUAGUAAACGCGGGAGAUGCAUACCAACUGUUAAAAAUAUAAUUUAUCGUACCACCUAUCGUAUGAUACAUACUUAUUUACAUACAUGUUACAACGAAAUGUAAAAAACACCAUAAUGAAAUUUAUUCUAGCAUAUAUGCUAUAUUAUAUAUGCUAGAGAAGAAAACAUAAAUGGAAAAAUGUAAACUGUGAUCCAAUUAAUACAUGUGAAAAACGUAUGCGUAACUUUAUCAUAAUAUUACAAAAUAAUUAUUCAUUACCGAUUGUAAUAUAUAUUUUUAUUCAUAAAAGGUUCCUUUUAUUAAUUAGCACAUGCGUAUUCGCCUUGACAUGCUGCGAAUGUUGAAUCCGUGUGUUCGCGUAGUGCGUCUCAGGAAGUUGUCGUUUUGUCGACACAAUACACACGUACGUGCACACAUGCGUACACACACAUCUACACGCGCACACACACAUACGCGUGCACGAAAUCGAAUUUCAAAACCAGUGGAAAAUUAAAAUUAUCGCGACGGUGAAACGGCGGAUCGUACGCGCACGGUGGACGCGUUUCGUCUUCGCGUUGAUGUGGCCGCGAGUGUCGCCGACUAGUGCGCUGGUUCAUCGGCGAGGAGGAGGCUCCCAGUGGUUGUUUUCAGACGGCUGGAGUGUUACCCCGAUUAGAAUGGUUGCGAGUGUCGCGCGCAUCGCUGGCAACCCAUACAGUGUUGUCGUCGCGCAGCCAAAAUAAAGUCGGCGGUGGCUGUGCACCUUGGAUGACCACCAGUGUGACGAACGUACGUCGGGUGUCCGCCGUUUAACCAAGGCGGGACAAGUAAUGUGGAAUCGUGAUUAACUACCGUUUCGCCGAGAACAAUGGGUGUCACAGCUUUCUGAACGUACAUCCCGGUAUUUUAAAAAAUCGGAUUCGGCUCUGAGACAGCCGAGCUGAAACUGUUUUGCUUGGUUGUUCGUCCACCUUCUGGCGUUUACCUCUCCCCCUGUGACACUCAGUUCGGAUCGCGGUUUGCUCCGCGCGAGAAAAAAGGAAAACAAAAAAGAGGUCUCGCCCGGGGGGGGGGAAAAAUUCGCCGAGGCAACACGCAAUUCGUCGCACUUGUUUUCAACAACUUUUAUCCGCCCUGACGUGAUUCGCCCGGUUUGCCCGCCACAGGACGGGUUAUGUUUCCCACUUUCAUCGGAAUUCUAGGAUUUAGAAGAAGCUUUGUUAACGGAUGGUGGAACUGAGGGACAUUUAGUACAGGAGCUAAUAGUCAGACUGCUUGAAGGUUGUUUACCAAAUGACACUCGCAAUGACAUCUCAACUUUUAAUUAUCAAAUGUUUCUUCGCAGACUUUUUCGAAAAAAAUGUCAGGAAUACAAGUGUGAAAAUCCUUUUAACACAGAUGUAGAUUUUGAGUUAUUGCCACUCCGUCAAAAAGUAGAAAUCUUACGUGCUCUCUGCGACUUCAGGCUUGACGCUGAAGACGUGGAGCAAUCAUUAAGUAAUUUGGACUCGGAUAGUCUGCGAGUCGAACCUUUAGGACAUGAUCGUAAGAAUUCUGCCUAUUGGUACUUUUACGGCACUCGAUUAUAUAGGGAGGACUACAUUGAUACUUCUAACAGCAUCUCACACAAACAGAAAAGUAAGCCUAGGGAUAAAAAACGUAAAAGACGACGAAACAGAGUGGCGAAGGAGGAAGAGGAAGAGGAGGAGAAGAAGGAAGACAGUUUAAUACAAGAGGAAGGGAAAGGAAGUGUUUGGCAGGUUGUCUGCUUUACUCAGCAAGAUUGGAGUCGUCUAGUAGAGAAAUUUCGUGAUUCGGAGUACGAUACCGAACGUAAACUUUACCGUACUCUGUCUGAGAAUUUCAUGCCCGAAAUCCCGAAACUUUUCGAUUUAAAAGAGAAACAACAAAGACGCAAAUUGUUACAACGUAAUAGUUCGCGUGUACUUCGAAGUCACGAACUCACGACCCAGAUGGAAACAGUCAUGGUUAGAUCCAAGAUCAAAACUAAAACAAACAAAGGGAGUAAAAGAGGGACUCAGAAUUCAAAGAAUGUUUAUGUUAAAGAGGAGACACCUCCACCUUUAUCUUCACCGCCGGUUCAGAAAAAAGGACGGCAAACUAAUAAUUCGUUGGCUUCAGCUGUUGGUCAAAUUGUGAUUCAUACUAGGGAUGAAGUGGAGGGAUUAGAGAAAAAGAAAGGCAUUGGGAGUAACAGCGAUGGGAAUUAUGUGUCUUCUAAUUAUGGAUAUAAAUACGGUUAUUCAUUUGGAAUUGAGGAAGAAGAACGUCGUGUUGGAAUGCACAAAGUUCUUGAAAGUCUUAAAGAUCAUGUGGAUGCCUGGCCAUUCAUUGAUCCUGUGGAUGAAGAAUAUGCACCAAGAUACUAUAGCGUGGUACGAAAACCGAUGGAUCUUAGUACAAUGGAAGAGAAACUUGAAAAUGGUUUAUAUAAAAGUUUAAGUGAAUUCAAACGUGAUUUUCGACUCAUAGUAGAUAAUUGUAGGCAAUAUAAUGGUUCUGAUAAUGAAUAUACAGAGAUGGCAUUCCACCUUAAAGAAGCGUUUGAUAAAGCAGUGGGACGUUAUUUGGAAUCGGAAACAUCCAGCGAUGAGGAUCCUUCAUCACCGAAGUCAUUUCUUGCAACUCCCACGUCUCCAUUGUGUCCUUCUCGCGUUUCGUCCCCACAUCAGAAUAGAAAACGUUCGAAAAAAUCUACGAAAAAGUCGAAGUCAUACAAAUCUGAAAGUAAAGGAAAGGCUAAAGCGAAUGAUAAAAACGAUGAAGAAGAGAAACGGGGGAAAAAUUACAAACUUCCAAAGAAAAAGAAAGGUAAAAAGAAAAGUAAAAGAACAAAGGACGAAGAAUUUAUAAACGAGGAAGAGCAGGAAGAGCAAGAGAGCGAGGAAACAAUGUCUGAAUCGAGUAUCAUAACGUCGAAAAGAAGGAAACAUGUCGACGGAAAUAAUUUAUUAUUGAAAACCAAAAAGCUGACAUCCAAAGAAUCAGAAGAGUUGAAGAAAGUAGAUAAGAAAGUUAGUAAAGAACGUCAUCAACAGAAGAAAGAGACGGAAAAUGUACGGCCAGUAAAAGAAUCGAAGGAGAAUAAGAAGCGAAAAGAGGAUUUCGAAGAAGAUUAUGAGCCUCUAGUCGUCGUAAAGAGUAAAAAUAAAAAAAUUGAAAAGAAAGAACUCGAGGUGCCCGAAAUAUUUACAGACAACGCGAAGAAGAAUAAAGUGAAAAAAACCGAAUCUCACGAAAGUGAACCAGUGCCAGAGAAUAAAGAGAAGACUCAGCAUAUCAAAGUUAAAAAAAAUCGAAAGAGGGAAAAGACGGGGUUAAAGAUUUUAAAAUCUGACGAGAAAUCUGAAAAAAGCCGUGCCAAGGACAAGGAGAAAAAAUUAAAACAGAAAAGCGAUGAACUCAAAAAUGGGGAGAUAUCGAGUGAAAUGAAUUCCAAAGAUAUAGAUCUAAAAAGCGAUAUAGAUUCAAAAGAAACACAUACGUCUAAGAAAAUUCCUGCAUUUAUAGGUGAUAAAGAUAUAGAGUCGUUGGAUGGUUUAAAGGAUAAGAUAAGCGAAAGACGACGGGAGGAAAAGUUGAAAAACGAGAAGGAAAAACAGAAGAGAACUGGAAAGAACGACUUUCACAACAUGUAUUCAAAAAAAGUGCCUUCAAAUGGUAGUACCUUUCACGACAGCGAUAAACCCAGCGCAAAACGACCAAAGUUAAAAAAGGGAAUAAAAGAAGAUAAAGUUCCUACCACGGAAGAUGUCAAAACUCAAGACCAAGAAGUCGUUGAGACUAAAAAAGUAAAAGCAGCUCAGUCGAAGCAUACUAAAGGAUUUGGAAAAGAAGAAAGCUCCAUGCAAGCAUUGAAUCAAGCGACAGAGCAAACACUUCAUGACAUCAACAAAUGGUUAGAUGACGCACCAAGACUAUCUGAAUUUUCUUCAGGAAGUGAUUCACCGAUAUUUCAUUCUUCGUCCGUCGAAUCUGGCCGAUCAGGUCCGAAAGUAGAAGCACCAAGAAAACGACCAAGUUCUAUUAAAAUCUUCGGUCCUCACGGACACAGUAGACCAAAAAAGAUUCAGCGUACAAUAGAUCGUUUGCAACCUGGUAAAAGUAAGGGAAAUUUACUUCUAAAGAAACCAUUGAACUUGCCUAAUGUUAAUACCGCUGAAACGACGGUGCAGUUGAUCAACGAUAAUGAUCAAACGAACAAGAAUGCGGACGAAGAACCAAAACUGAGCCUGGGGACUGUUUUGAAAAACGUAGAUUCCAUACAGUUAAUUUGUAAAAGUUUAGUUUCCUCGCCCAAUCCUAAUUUUUCAAACGACGAUGAGGAAGAAGACCACAACACUCUUCCUGCAGUUCCGGUGUCUAAUCUCAAGGAGGAAAAAACGUCCGGGGUAACCACAACGCAAACACCUGCGGUUGUAGAAGAGUCUAAAGAUAGUCAGUCUAGCACCAAGGACACGCAGAAGCCCAAAGCAGCGACACCAAAUUUGAGUGCUUGGUUCAAAGCGUUCGGAGCGCCGAAAUCGAAAAAGAAAGACGAGGACUCGGAGGAUGGUACAGCAAAGAAGGAUGCUGAAUUGCAGGAAGUGUUUUGUGGUAGACAAAGAAGAAUGAGUACUGGUGGUAGUAGUGUAAGUGAAUCUGUUUCGAGUUUCUCCCAAGAAUCACCACCUGGACGCUCGGGUCGAUCACCACAAGGGCAACCGAUAAUGGCUUCGGUCGAGCCACAGAUUAGAGGAGCUGGAUUUUAUCAGGACGCUUUAUCGACAGGAAGUAGUCCUUACAAUAGCCCUUAUUAUGCCACACCUCCAAGGUACAGCGCUCAAUUACCCCCUACACCAUCACCACAAAACCAUCCUCUGUCUCCAGCUUAUCCAUCAUCGUACGAACAAGCACCUCUCUAUUCUCAGAUACCAGCCCAACAGACGCAUCAAACGUUUCAGAAAUCACCUCAGGAAAAUUCUGGGGAGAUGUAUCAUCAAUUGUCGCCCACAUUUCCUCAGCGAUCUCCGCAAACUAAUUUCCCUCAAAAUUCAACGCAAAACGAACCGUACAGUCAGCAAUUGCAAUCUUCUCAGAGUCAGAGUCAAUCUCCCGUUUAUUCACAACAUUCACCGCAACCCAUACAACAGGUAUAUCCUCAGCCUUCGCCGCAACCACCGCCAUCGAAUUAUUCUCAGCCGUCUCCUCAGCAACCACCUACUCCCAAAUAUUCGCAACUCUCGCCGCAACAAAACGCUGCCAAUUACUCUCAGCCGUCUCCGCAAGCUGCCAAUUAUUCUCAAUCUUCGCCUCAGCAACCGCAUUCACCCUAUUCCCAGGCCUCUCCUCAGGCACAGCCAAAUUAUUCUGAACCAUCUCCACAGCAACAACACUCGCCAUAUGCACAAUCUCCACAGCAAUCGUCUGGAUAUUCCCAGAUGUCUCCUCAACCACCGCCAUCAAAUUAUUCUCAACAAUCGCCACAACCACCUUCAAAUUACUCUCAGCCAUCACCUCAACCACCUUCCAAUUAUUCUCAACCAUCACCUCAACCACCUUCCAAUUACUCUCAACCAUCACCUCAACCACCUUCCAAUUAUUCUCAAUCAUCGCCACAGCCACCGUCCAAUUAUUCUCAACCAUC